AUGUACUCGCUCUGGAUCUUGGCGGCGGCCGUCGUCAUCUGGCGACUUCAUACCGUCUUUAGCCACCUCUCCAAGGUUCCAAAGCAAGUCCCUUGGGCGUACAGAUCUAAGUUUACACCGUAUCUAUUCUCCCAGCUCGAUGGCAUUCUUAAUACCCCGCCAGCUAUUAACAAGGGUUAUCAAAAGUACAGCAAGAAUGGCACACUCUGUGCCAUCACUUUACCUUUCAGUCGACCUGAGAUCCUCAUUCCUCGCAACCUCAUACGAUGGGCGACUUCUCAACCGGACAAGGUGUUGAGUCCGACCCCCAUUCAGCAUGAAAUUGUUGCCGCCAAAUAUGCCUUUCUCAACUCGUCCGUUGGGAAGGACUUUGCCGUCUACGACGUUCUCCGCGUUCAGAUGAACAGACAUUUGCCCAAGUUGAUUCCGCAGAUCAUGGGAGAACUGGCCUCUCAGAUCGAUGAAACGUUCGGACUGGAUACGCAGUGGAAGGAGGUGCAGGUGUUUCUUCUCGUGAGAGAGGUGAUUUCCAGGGUUACUGCUCGUCUCGUGAUGGGCAAUACACUAUGUAACGACAAGGAACUGGUUGACAAUCUGUCAAACUUCUCCAGCAGCGUCUUGCCCAGCGCUAUAGCAAUCUCCCUGUUCCCUCCCUUUAUGCACCCUUUCAUCUCCCGCCUGACUUCAGUCUUCAACCACAUCUACAUGCGCAGAGCGCUCAAGACCUUGGGACCAUACGUCAAGCAGCGAAUCGAGGCGGCCAGGAACGAUGUGGCACAAGGACCCAAGAGCCUUCCGCGGGAGGAUGUCAUGACUUGGCAUAUUGAAGAAGCUCUACGAAAGAAAGAGCCCGAAGAGGGCUUGGAAGAUCGGAUCGCCUGUCGUGCUUUUGCAACUGUGUUUGCUGCCCUGGAGUCAACUACCCUCACCAUGACACACGCACUAUUCAACCUCUGCGCGACCGAUGACCCAGAGCAGACUUGGGAGGCCCUGGCAGAAGAGGGGCGUCAAGCUUUCUCAUCAGAAGUUGACCAGGCCAGUGUCAAUAGCCUCAGACGCGCCGACAGCGCCGUUAAGGAGACUCUUCGGCUUCACACAGCCAUCAAGGCUCUCUCAGUACAAGUCAUGGCCUCUGGCGGAGUUUCACUUGACGAACAUAAUCUCAAGCUGCCCCAAGGGUCUCGCGUUAGCGUAUCAGCGUGGGGAAUACACCACGACGAAGACAUUUACCCCAAUGCUUACACCUUUGACCCAUUUCGCUUCUCACGUCCACACGAGAAUGGCACGGUUGUUGACGACAAGAAAGAGGCACAUCUAUUGGUCUCACCUAGUGAAGACUAUCUUCCAUUUGGAUUUGGAAGACACGCUUGUCCAGGCCGAUACUUUGCUGCGGUUGAGACGAAGUUGUUCUUGGCAUACAUCGCUGUUCAUUACGAUUUGAAGCAGGUGCACAAGAAGCCUGGGUUUGUCAGUCUUGGGCAUCUCCCAACACCACCUAUGAAAGGCAAGUUGAUGAUUCGAAGAAAGAGAAAUACGUCUGGGCCUUACAGGGGAGACUCGGCCAUGGUGUGA